AUGACUACUUCAACUAUUAAACAUACACCCGAGAAUGAACCUUUGAUUGCCACAGGAGAACAACUUCAGAACCUUGUUGAACAACUCAUAGAACUUGGGGUGCUUGUUCACGAUAACCAAGGGACAUUCCAAUCUCAUACUGCUCUUACAAACAAGGUCAACGAAGUGGUGAGUUUACUCAGUGCCAUUACGGCUGCUCCCUUCACCCAACAAUAUUCCAUUCCAGUGGAUGUGAUCCAGUACAUAGAAGAGGGAAGAAAUCCAGAUAUCUACACCCGUGAAUUCGUUGAAGUCAAUGCUAAGAGCAACGCUAGAAUUAAGGGAAGAAUGCAAGGAUUUGCUAAACUCCGUGAUGUUUUGGGCACUAAGUUGGCCCAAGAGUUCCCUCGGUUAACUCCAACAAUCAAAGACAUUCAAGAGAGAACAAGCUUGCAAAUGGAAGAUUAA